GGUUGGUGGCCGCCCCCCCCAAUUAACCAGCACACCUACCCAAAAUAACCCAGUCACAGCCCACUAUUCACAUUGCCGGCGGUCGCGCGCCAGCGGCCACAGCGGGCAGCUACCCACUGGGAUGCUCCUGCGCCCUGUGUUGCUGCUCGCACAGUACGUGGCAGCGCCCAGCACCUACCUGCCUUUGCACUGUCGCUCCUUCCCACCGUUGCUCCCCUCCGGAUUCCUGACCAAGGUCCGCUGCGAGCACUUUGAAGCUCCCCCCUCCGAGUCCCCUCCCCCCUCUCUCCUUCGUCCCGUACUUCUUGACUGCUGCUUGCUCCUCACUUUUUCCCAACUCUCCUCCAUUCCAUCAUCCCACCAUCAACACCACGCGCUUUCAUCCACCGGCUCACUUGCCAGGCUUGUAACAGCCUCAUUUCUCUCCAAACCCAUCAAAUAAACCAGACACCUUUCCAUGCUCAGUACACAAUCGCACCCAAUGACCAGCUACACGAUCAAGACCGCCACUGUCACCCUGUAGAGCCCACGGGUGCGCGUGCGAGCGAGGAGUUGGGAGUCAAGAGAAAACAGACACAACAGACAC